AUGUCAUUAUCAUCCCCAACCCCCAUUCGAUUGACGAACCUUCCAUCUCUCGUAUGGGACCUCUCAAAAAACGAUAUCCCAACCUUUGUCCUACCCAAUACAGCAUUUGGAAUAGCUUCAGCCAUCGUAGCACCAGCCCUAACCUAUUACCCCGAGAGCCCCAGAAUCGGACCCCUCCUGGUCCAAUGUACGCCGUGGAUCCUCCUUUUCAACUGGUCCAACCUUCUCGUCUUCAACCUCGCCAACCAGCGUCUUGCAGACUCCAUUCAAAAGGAUCGAGUCAAUAAGCCGUGGCGGCCGCUGCCUCGUGGCCGUAUCACUCCGACGCAAGCAACGCGGUUCUUGCUCGGCGCCGUGCCCGUCGUAAACGCUGAGCUGGGCGCCGUGAGGGAAAGCGCGGGGAUCGUCAUUCUGGCUUGGAAGUAUAAUGACCUACGCGGGGGCGAUGAACUAACCCGGGAUCCUAUCAUAGCCAUCGCGUACACGAUCUUCAAUGUCAGCUCGUUGCAGAUCGCCGUGGGCUCUGCCUCUGCAAAGGUGCUCGAGUUCACGACCACGGGAUACUGUUGGCUCGGGAUGAUUGCCGGGAUGAUUCUGACGACUAUGCAGGUCCAGGACCUCAAGGAUCAGCGGGGGGACUGGGCCCGGGGCCGGAAAACAUGGCCUCUUGUCAUGGGGGAUCGGCUAUCACGUCGGUGGAUUGCUGGUUCUGUGAAUGGGUGGAGUUUGGCAGCGGUCGGGUUCUGGAACGUGUCGGUCUACCUAUCCGUCGGUGUGGUGUUGCUUGGGGCGUGGGUUGGGAGUAGCGUUGUGCUUGGGACGGGCGAUGGCCGGACUUGGAGGUGGUGUCUCUGGCAGUGUUGUUCUCUACACUUUGCCUGUCUGGAAAACUUGGAAUGGACGUUUAAUGUAGCCGGGGAGAGGGGGAUCCGGUCCAACCACACCACCGUUCUCGCAGGGAAGCAUAGCGGUGGUCCCGCAUGGAUGGGCAGUCGGGAUAGUCAUCGACUCGCGCACCAAUUGAGUGAGCGUUUCUGUAUCAUUGGGCUGUGGUGCAUCGACAAAGGACUGGAGGUGGGCGGAACGAAGAAUCCCUUGCAAGUGCUGAACGUGCCGAACCAUCGAAUCGAGGUCUGA